AUGUCCAUCCCCGCAACCAAAGACGUCGUCUUCGACGUCGUCGGCACCCUAGUAGCCCACGACCGCCUCUGGGAGGCCAUGGAAGAGCGCCUGGGCGACAAGCUCAAGGCGGCAGGGAUCAAGCCCGAGCUGCUGGGCGCGUGCUGGAUCGAGGCCGCCGAGCGCGAGUACACGUACCUCUCCCUCUCGGGCCGCUACAGGCCCUUCUUCGAGGUGUUCGCCGCGCUCUUCUACCGCAUGCUCUUCUUCGCGGGCGUGAAGAACCCGCGGGGCUUCUGCGCGGAGGAAGACGUCAAGUGGCUGGUGGGCGAGUGGCAGAAGCUGCACCUCAGGGAGGGCGCGAAGGAGUGCGUGCGGAAGCUCCGCGAUGCGGGGUUCACGGUGUGGUGCUUCACGGCUGGGGAUAUUGCGAGGGUGGGCGGGUAUUUCAGGGAGGCUGGGGUGGACAUGCCUGCUGAGAACCUGCUGAGUUGCGACACUGUGGGUGUUGCGAAGCCGGUUCCUGAGGCGUACAGGCCGUUGCUGGAGAGGUUGAGCAGGGAUGGGAAGCAGCCCUGGUUUGCGGCUGCGCAUAUGUGGGAUGUGAGCACGGCGAGGACAGUUGGAUUUCACGGGGCAUAUUGCACAGUAUUGGAGGCUGAGCCUCUCUAUGAUGUGUUCGGUCAGCUGGAUGUUGUCGGGUCUACACUGCCUGAGAUGGCAGACAAGAUCAUCGCUGCGACUCAAUGA